GGCUUCCCCACACAGCCCCAGCUGGCGUGGCCAGGCCCAAACGUAGGAUGGGGCUCCCCUUACGAGGGCCGGUGGCAGCCAGAACUGAUACAGCCCCACUGAUCUGGGGCCAGGACACCAGCUGAGGAGGGUGGGAGUAUCUGGAACCAUGGCUGGUGCCUCAGUGAAAGUGGCAGUGAGGGUUCGGCCCUUCAACGCCCGUGAGACCAGCCAGGAUGCCAAGUGUGUGGUCAGCAUGCAGGGCAAUACCACCUCUAUCAUCAAUCCCAAACAGGGCAAGGAUGCCCCCAAAAGCUUCACCUUCGACUACUCCUACUGGUCACACACCUCCAUCGAGGACCCCCAGUUUGCAUCUCAGCAACAGGUAUAUCGGGACAUUGGAGAAGAAAUGCUGCUCCAUGCCUUCGAAGGCUACAAUGUGUGCAUCUUUGCCUAUGGGCAGACCGGGGCUGGGAAAUCCUAUACCAUGAUGGGGCGGCAGGACCCUGGGCAGCAGGGCAUCGUGCCCCAGCUCUGUGAGGACCUCUUCUCCCGUGUUAGUAAGAACCAGAGUGCCCAGCUGUCCUAUUCUGUGGAGGUGAGCUAUAUGGAGAUCUAUUGUGAACGAGUACGAGACCUCUUGAACCCCAAGAGUCGGGGCUCUCUGCGGGUUCGGGAACACCCCAUCCUCGGCCCCUACGUUCAGGACCUGUCUAAAUUGGCUGUGACCUCCUAUGCAGAUAUUGCUGACCUCAUGGACUGUGGCAAUAAGGCGCGGACCGUGGCUGCCACCAACAUGAAUGAGACCAGUAGCCGUUCCCAUGCUGUCUUCACCAUUGUCUUUACACAGCGUAGCCAUGAUCAGCUUACUGGGCUGGACUCGGAGAAGGUUAGUAAGAUCAGUUUGGUGGACCUUGCUGGGAGUGAGCGAGCUGACUCCUCGGGGGCCCGAGGCAUGCGCCUGAAGGAAGGUGCCAACAUCAAUAAAUCCCUGACAACUUUAGGGAAGGUGAUCUCGGCCCUUGCAGAUAUGCAAUCAAAGAAGCGGAAGUCGGAUUUUAUCCCUUACAGGGACUCUGUGCUCACCUGGCUGCUCAAGGAGAAUUUGGGUGGGAACUCACGGACAGCAAUGAUUGCAGCCCUGAGCCCUGCUGACAUCAACUAUGAGGAGACUCUUAGCACUCUCAGGUAUGCUGAUCGCACCAAGCAGAUCCGCUGUAAUGCCGUCAUCAAUGAGGACCCAAAUGCCCGGCUAAUCCGAGAGCUUCAGGAGGAGGUGGCUCGGCUACGGGAACUUCUGAUGGCUCAGGGGCUCUCAGCCUCUGCCCUGGGAGGCCUGAAGGUGGAAGAGGGGAGUCCUGGAGGUGCUCUGCCGGCUAUCUCAACUUCCCCUGCUCCACCUUCACCCUCAUCUCCCCCUACACACAAUGGAGAGCUGGAGCCGUCAUUCUCCCCUAAUGCUGAGCCCCAGAUUGGGCCUGAGGAGGCCAUGGAGCGGCUGCAGGAGACAGAGAAGAUUAUAGCUGAGCUGAACGAGACCUGGGAGGAAAAGCUACGCAAGACUGAAGCCCUGAGAAUGGAGAGAGAAGCCUUGCUAGCUGAGAUGGGGGUGGCCGUGAGAGAGGAUGGAGGAACCGUGGGCGUCUUCUCUCCAAAGAAGACUCCCCACCUGGUGAAUCUGAACGAAGAUCCCCUGAUGUCCGAAUGUCUGCUCUACCACAUCAAAGAUGGCGUCACCAGGGUCGGCCAGGUGGAUGUGGACAUCAAACUGACUGGGCAGUUCAUCCGCGAGCAACACUGCCUGUUCCGGAGCAUCCCUCAGGUGGACGGAGAAGUGGUGGUCACACUGGAGCCGUGUGAAGGAGCCGAGACAUAUGUCAAUGGGAAGUUGGUGACUGAGCCACUGGUGCUGAAGUCAGGGAAUAGGAUUGUGAUGGGCAAGAACCACGUUUUCCGCUUCAAUCACCCGGAGCAAGCACGGCUGGAGCGGGAACGAGGGGUUCCCCCACCCCCAGGACCACCCUCUGAGCCUGUCGACUGGAACUUUGCCCAGAAGGAGCUGCUGGAGCAGCAAGGCAUUGACAUCAAGUUGGAGAUGGAGAAGAGGCUGCAGGAUUUGGAGAAUCAGUACCGGAAAGAAAAGGAGGAAGCUGAUCUUCUGUUGGAGCAGCAACGACUGUAUGCAGAUUCAGACAGCGGCGAUGACUCCGACAAGCGCUCCUGCGAGGAGAGCUGGCGGCUGAUCUCCUCUUUGCGGGAGCAGCUGCCCCCGACCACGGUCCAGACCAUCGUCAAGCGCUGUGGCCUGCCCAGCAGUGGCAAGCGCAGGGCCCCCCGCAGGGUGUACCAGAUCCCCCAGCGGCGGCGGCUGCAGGGCAAAGACCCCCGCUGGGCCACCAUGGCCGACCUGAAGAUGCAGGCGGUGAAGGAGAUCUGCUACGAGGUGGCCCUGGCUGACUUCCGCCACGGGCGGGCCGAGAUCGAGGCCCUGGCGGCCCUCAAGAUGCGGGAGCUAUGCCGCACCUACGGCAAGCCCGAGGGGCCAGGAGACGCCUGGAGGGCUGUGGCCCGGGAUGUCUGGGACACGGUGGGCGAGGAGGAAAGCGGCGGCGGUGGCGGCGGCGGCGGCAGUGGUGGCGGUGAGGAGGGGGCCCGCGGGGCAGAAGUGGAAGACCUCCGCGCGCACAUUGACAAGCUGACGGGGAUCCUGCAGGAGGUGAAGCUGCAGAACAGCAGCAAGGACCGCGAGCUGCAGGCCCUCAGGGACCGCAUGCUCCGCAUGGAGAGGGUCAUCCCCCUGGCCCAGGAUCACGAGGAUGAGAACGAGGAACCUGGCGAGGCCACCUGGGCUGCCCCCGAGGGGUCUGAGGCUGGAGAAGAUGCUGCGCCCAGUGACCGAGCCCCCCUGGCCCGGCCCCCCUCACCUCCCUUGUCAAGCUGGGAGCGGGUGUCGCGGCUGAUGGAGGAGGACCCCGCCUUCCGACGUGGCCGCCUUCGUUGGCUCAAGCAGGAGCAGCUGCGGCUGCAGGGACUGCAGGGCUCUGGGGGCCGGGGUGGGGGGCUGCGCAGGCCCCCUGCCCGCUUUGUGCCCCCUCACGACUGCAAGCUGCGCUUCCCCUUCAAGAGCAACCCCCAGCACCGGGAGUCCUGGCCGGGGAUGGCGGGCGGGGAUGCCUCGGCUCCUCCCCAACCCCCAGAAGAGGCCACGCCCCCUCCAGCCACCCCUGCCCGCAGGCCCCCAAGUCCCCGCAGGUCCCACCGCCCCCGCAGGAACUCCCUGGAUGGUGGGGGCCGGCCCCGUGGAGGGGGUCCCGGGCAGCCUGAGCCCCAGCACUUCCAACCCAAAAAGCACAACUAUUAUCCCCAGCAGCCCCAACCAUACCCAGCCCAAAGGCCCCCGGGGCCCCGCUAUCCCCCAUACACUACUCCCCCGCGGAUGAGACGGCAGCGCUCAGCCCCUGACCUCAAGGAGAAUGGGGCGGCCGUGUGAACCCUGUGUCCUGGGCAGAGGGUCUGGCCAGGCCCGAGCUAGGAGGUGAGAGGAUGCCUGAGACACUGCUUCCCCGGCAGACCUGGGGCUGGGAGGCCCGGAAGACAGAAGGUCCGAGUAGGUGAUAGAAGACGAGAGGGAGACUAGGCCGGAGGCUGAAGGAGGGAAGAGGGCACGGAGUUGCCAGGAGCAAACCAAAGUGAAGGACGAGAAAGGAAGCUCCCUUGGGGUCACCCCUUGCAGAGGGGGGGGUGUCCCACCAACGCUGCUAUGGGUGGGUGGGGGGCUGGGGGGCUGCAUAGCCAGUGUUUGACUUUCUUUUCAAGUAGGGGCAAGGGGAAGAGAACCUAGAGUGAGGCAAGUUCUCCCCUGCCCCUGUCUGUCUGUCUGUCUGUGGUGGGUUUCUGUUUCCAGGGAGGUGUGGUGGGAUCAUAAGUCAUUCCCCUCCUCUUCCAGGCCUCUUGCUAUGUUUGGAGGACCUGUCUGGUUUGGCUGGAGUCCCAUGGUGGUAUGGGGCCCUUUAAUAAAGGAUAGCAAACAG